AUGGGCCGGCAAGCCUACCUGGCUAAGAUCGCUUUCGGACGGUCGGCAUUCGAGCCUACUGAUGAGGUCACGGAAUCAGACGAGUAUAUACAACUUGCAGCUUCUCAGUCUGACGAGCCUCUGCCUCAACGAUACCGUGAAGCCAAGGCUAACAACUACAUUCAACUGUACGACGAGCGCGGCAAUCCUAUCAAUCCGCGCUCUCAUGCAUACGGCAAGAGACUGAGGGAUGCACAGAACGACGUUCUAGCCUCAGUAGGUGUAGUUGAGAGGCGCAGGUCUCCAUCUGAGGGGCUUCCUGGCUCGUACGAAGAGCGCCUCGAAGAGCUUGAGUCUGAAGAGACAGUAGGCAACGCGCUUGCCCUUGCGUCCACUGUUGUGGAGAACCUAUGUACCUGGUGGAUCGGCACCAUCAGAGACCGGGUUCUCACAUUUCGUAUCCCAAAUGCGAUUCCUUUCGUCCAGAUUGUGGCUUCUGAACGCGCGGCUUCUGACAAUUCGAUUGCGUAUACUGGCUUCACUUCUCGAUUUGUCUCCACGAUUGGCAUCCAAGCACUCGUCUACGGUGCAUACGUGUACCAGCCUAUCGAUCGUUUGGUGCAAGUCACGCGUGCGAGUUCCAAGACGCGUCGCUUUAUUCGGCGCACGAGGAGCGUGUUGACAUUUGGAUUCCGAUUAGGCCUCGAGGUCCUCUUCUAUCCUUUCUCUCAUCAUGCUAAUCUGCAACGACUGGGUCUUGUUGCAGCACGACCAUUGCUACCCUACUGGAAGUCUUUCAUCCCCUUCUCGCCGUGGUCGCCUCUCACACCACUGUCCAUUCACCAUGACGCAUCUGGAUCUGCUAUGAGCGUUGCGAAAGCCAUCGUCACUUCUCCUGUGGUAUUGAUGAUUGUGGAGCACUUCUAUGAGCGCUGGGUUUACUCUGCAAUAUUCGAAGCCGUUGAGACAUUCAUCAUUCGACCCGAUAAUGCGGAUAUAGAGAGCCCGGACGCUGUCAGUAAGGACCGUGCUACAUCCAUCCUGGGACUGCAGCGAAGAUCGCCGUCUCUGAUAAGGAAAACUAUCAACAGACUACUUGCAUUGCUUGGUUGGUGUGAGCCUGCUGACCUGGAUGAGGCAGAACGAAAGCCAUCGCUCGAUUCUGUAACAAGCGCGGGACAGAGUGUGGAAGUCGCUGGCGCCCAGCUUACGGACUUGACGCCUAUAAACAUGCCAAUUUCUCGUACCGACAGACCUGCCACCGACGGCGCCAACGACAACACUGUCACUAUACCCAUUGAGACUGCAGAUGACUUGAUACAUCUGACCACACCGCUAACGCCUACAGCGUCUGACCACAAUGACAAUGACCCGAGGAUUAGGAUUACCUCGCGCGAAGGCAUCGUAGAGAUGGAAGUACGGUUGCCCCCGCGAAUCAUUUCCUCUCACACCGAAGUCUUGGAUGCUCAGCCCACGUCUUCGAGCCACAACCAUCUCACUUCACGAAGAACCAACCGUCAAAUAGCGACUCGACCGCAUCACCGCGUGACUCAGCUUUCUACCGAGCCUUCACAGAUGAUCGGCGCUAUUGUCAAAGCACAGCUCGUUGGACUUGCAGUGCUUCCUUUCAAGCUUGUCGUCCUUCGGCUGGUUGCGUCUCAUUAUUUGGCCAGUCUAGAGCACAACGGGACUAUGCCACGCUUUGUCGAACCGUUUCCCGGCCUCAGUGACACGACCAUUCGAUCUAUUGGUAUUGGCAUGUCACGCGUAGCGCUCUGUGCUGCCUCCGAACUGGCCAUUGAUCUCAGCCUUUGGAGCAUACAAUAUCUGGCUGUCACCACCGCUGGCAAGAGUCUGUUUGGAUGGGGUGCACUCUAG